AUGACACCCGAACUGAACUUCAAGUCCUCACCUCAGUCUCCCGUCCAAAAGUUCUCAACCACUCCUCAGGAAGAUUCAAAAGCAUUUGGCGCGGAAAUAUCCAGUCUGACAAAAGAAGCUAAGCAACAAUACAUCAUAAAUGAAAUCAAGAAGCUCGUUGAAGAUUGUGAAGAUUUCAUCGGUCUGGUUCCUGGUCCCAAUGGUGUUCCUGAGAUUCUAGUUUCCCCCAACCUCGAAAAGGAACAAUGGGAGAUCAUUGGUGAGGCUCAUGAUACCUUUGCUCAAUAUCUCUCUAUGCGCAGCCCCGGAGUUCCUGGUUAUCACUAUGGCGCCAAUCACCCACAGGCCAAAAUCUCGAAGCUACAAUCAGCCGCAGAUGCAGGAACUUCGGGUGGCGCAAUUACCUGGCCUGUGCAACGUUCUCUGAAGCGGCAGAGAUCCAAAACCACCCUCAGCACAAGGAAUAUAUCAAGAUCAAGGCCCCAGCACAAGGGCGGUGGAGCGAGGCUCUGGGAUGCUCCUGCAGCUCAAAUUCGGGUGGACGACCACGAGAAGCUCACCCAGUGGUACAGACAGGCCUUCUUGGUACUGCAACAGGUGGCCUGUCGUCUUGUGGCCAAGGUCUGGAUCAAGGAAAUCCAUCCCAAGAAGCAAUCGACGCAUCCUUACAAUGGCCAAAUGCCCCGUGGCGAGCCUCCCGAUCCGAAUCGGACAAGGCCUCCAUACUGGCCAGAUGAUGUCAUUCACCGAGAGCCCGAUCAUAUUGGUCGCGAUGACAGAACCCGGCUGCUCGUCCAUUUGAUAACACACACUCCCCAGCUAAUCAUUACAAACCCUCCGCCGAAUGAAGAGAACCAGCGUUUUGUAAGGGCCCGAGACCUGCUAGAAUCUCUGCAGACGAAAAGAGGCGAACUGCGAGAAGACCGUUGGGAUAUCAUUCAGCAGAUUGUGAACGCGAGAGAGAAACAAGAGCAGUAUGAGGCUCGGGAGAUUGAUGGCGAUACGCUGGUCUUUGUUUGUGAUUAUGGUGACGCCGCCAGUUCAAAAUUGUCCGCGAUCGACUCUGAUGAUGACUUGCCUGGACGGGACGGCUCUGCGCCUGGGACAUUCAGCGACGGCUCCAUAGAGGCAAGUGAAGAGCAUGAAGCAACGCCAGGCACUUCAACACAGACCUCUCCCGCUGAUCAGUCUGCUAUGGACGCGCGGCUCAUCGUCAACAAAUCCAGGAGCUCUGGGCCCAAGGAAGCCAGCACUCGUCGUUACGCCCCCCGCAAACCUCGACCGAGCUUCAACAGCUCUCGAGUGGUAUCGGUUAUUGCGCCGCGGACAGGACAGGACUUUUCUCCCGGGGUGAAAAUGGGCAUGGAGAAUGGAACAACGCUUACCGAUGGCGUCAUGCUACCGCUGGUCGGAAUUCACCAGAUACCCUCCAACAUGUUCGUACGCAAUUUUGAGAGCCAUGCCGGGCCUAACGCAAUGAUGCAUGCUCCUGCGCAUAGCGGUCAUCUCACUACAAACCUUCAUACUCCAACCUGGUCAGGGAUGUUGCCGGACAUGGGACCUGACCCGCCUCCCGAGAUGUUUGGCAUUCCUACUACUUUGGCGCCACAACCUGUCAGCUUGAGACACGGAUAUUUUGCUCAAGAGACGCUCGAACUGGCCAAUGGUAUCCAAAGCGGACUGGCUCCCACCGCGGUGAGCCCAAUGCUUUACCACGACUUUGGGGACAACACGCGGCAUUCUCUGCCGCUCCGGCUUGCCCAACCCCAGCAAGCCGCAAUGAUACCGACCCCAGACAUCAACAUGGAGAUGUUGAGUGAGCGGUGCUACAAGCUCGAACAUUGGUGA